AUGAAAUCUAUAUUUCUAACAUUUGUGAUUCUCUUUGGCUUGUCCACCCAGCCCUUGUUCGGGAAGGCUGAUGCUUCGCCUGAGCAAGUGGUUGACAUAGAAGGCAACAAGGUUCGGGUCGGAGUAGACUACUACAUCCGACCCGUCCCAACAACCCCGUGCAAUGGACGCGGGCCUUGUGUCGUUGGCAGUGGUUUUGUUCUUGUAGCAAGAUCACCAAACGAGACAUGUCCACUUAAUGUUGUAGUGGUCGAGGGUUUUCGUGGUCAAGGAGUAACAUUUACACCGGUUAACCCUAAGAAAGGUGUUAUUAGGGUUUCCACUGAUCUCAACAUUAAAACUUCCAUUGAAACAGUGUGUGAAGAGUCCACAGUAUGGACGCUUGAUAAUUUUGAUUCUUCAUCCGGACAAUGGUUUGUGACUACUGGUGGGGUUGUCGGAAAUCCUGGUAAAGACACCAUUAGCAAUUGGUUCAAGAUUGAGAGGUAUGAAGAUGACUAUAAGCUUGUGUUUUGCCCUACUGUAUGCAACUUUUGCAAGCCCUUGUGCAGAAAUGUUGGAGUCUUUAGGGAUAGUAAUGGGAAUCAACGUGUUGCUCUCACUGAUGUGCCUUACAAAGUUAGGUUCCAACCAUCUGCUUGA